UGCAUCCUGGGAAAUAAACCAACAUGGGGACCUGAUCCAAAUAUCAAACCACCAUGCAGUGCCCGCAUAGUUUUUGAUCAGGGAACGCGAACAAUGGUAAUCAUCAAAGCCUCAUGCUAAAGAAAAGCGGCUAAAAUCUCACCGGACUAUAUAGCUUAAAGCUAGACUGCGCUUCGCGAUCUAUGGUCCGGGAGAAUGUGAUUGUUUUGUCUGGCCCUGCGCUCGUAUGUGUGCCUGCCGCUUCACAAAGCUCCAUCGGGGAAGUGCAUCAUUCCCAGCCUUCAUCGGAUGAUGGACAGGAAUUACCCGACCUCCAGCUUCACAGACCCGCUGGCCCAACCAACGCAGACCGUAGCCUGGGCCUAUGAGCGGAGCCCCGCAAGCAUAAAGCCAAGUUAUGGUGUCACACACUUGGAGUCGGAGCUCCUCCAUCGACAGACGUACGUCUCCACCCAGCUUCCCACCUAUACCACCACCCAUCACCCUACAAGUCUGUCGGGGGUGUUUGACUCUGGCGGUAACACCGCUGAGACCUCGGUGAUGAACUUCCUGUCAGCCAUUGAGUCUAGAGCCCUGCAGCAGGCUGGUCCUGUGGGGGCCUCUGUGCCCCCCCCCUUCAGAACGCCCACGUGGCAGACAGGUGCCAACUCCACCACUGAACUCUUCCUCACCGGCGCUCUGCCUUCCACAGCCACAUUCCCCUCCCCUGCCACCCUAUCCUCCUAUCAGCACACUGGGGCCUUCGCCUCACGGAGCUACACCACCACCCCCUCCCUGGCCCUCCAUGACCCCGCCUUCAGCACCUCCACCAAUGGCCUGCUCUCCCCACACCACGACCCCCUGCUCCAGCUCAAACCCAGCCAGACCACACUACCUACCUCCCUGGCCUUCGACCGCCUCCCCACUCCCUCCCUGGGUGCUGCCCUCCCUCCCCAGUCAUCCACAUAUCGUUCUGCCCAGGAGUCGGCCCCCCAUCUCCUGCAGCCCCAGUUUGGACUGCUCCCGCUAGCUACCCAGCAGGCCCCGCAGCCUUACGGUGUGCCCGUCUUCUCUGGCUCCAUUGAGAGAGCACUUCAGCGAGAAUGUAGUGUGAUCAAGCACCACCAGAGGCCUUCCAGCAGUAGCCAUACAGCGUCUGAGCCCGGCUCACAGCACUCCAUGCAGGCCUACCUGGGCUCGGGGAGUGAGGACGGGGACGUCUCCUUCCAGCAGGACCCAUCGCGCCAGACCCCUGUUCCCUGCAGUCCCUCCACCGGGUCAGACUCCUCACAUGGCGUCAACGGCGCAGCUCAGACCAAGACGGGAGGGCCAUCUCAUACCUACUCCUCCUCCAUCAUCCCCUCCCCCUCCGGGUACUCCUCGUCCUCCGCGGGGGCGAAAACAAAAGACUGUUCUUCCAAACUGAACACGGGUGGCCAGGAGGGUCACCCCCACUCACAGGACUCUCCGGAGAGUUACCCCUCGCCGGGUCAGAAGCAGGGCUCAGUGAUUGCCAGUCAGCAGACUCAGCCGUACACUUCAGCCCAGCUGCCCAGCCUGCUGUCCACUCUCAGCCACUCUCAGAGCUAUAUCAACUCCCAGGCCUACUCCUCCUCAGAUAAACUGCCUUCCCUCUACAAGACCUUGCCCUCCUUAUCUGGCCAUUCAGGCAAUGUGGUGUCUGUCAGCCAGUCCUUGGUCUAUUCCUCUAGCCCUGGGCAUGGCCAGGGGAAUGAGGGCCAAUAUGGAGCCCAGAUUCAGGGCCUGUGUCUUGGCAACCCCUCCCAGACCUAUCCAUCCAGCCACUCUCAGGGUGCCCCUAACGUGAGCUACCCCUCUCAGUCACAGGGGCAGGCUUCGGUAUCUCAGUCUCAGAGCUACGCCACAGGACAAUCCCUCAGCUCCUCCUACCCAUCCCCUCGCACCCAGAGUUUGCCCACACCAAACUCGAGCCAGGGAUACACCCCUUUCUCGUCAGCCCCUCACGUACAAGCCUUAGAGAACAACUGCAGAUCCUCAAUACAGGACCUAAAGCCAGCCUACGGCAAAAUGAAACUGGAAGGAGAGAUCCCACUCCAGGACCUCCAGGCUCUCCAGCAGAACUCUUUAGAGACCUCCAGCUCACGGGGCAGCACCGACCCAACCGGCCACAACAAUGUGGUCUACGUAGUCUCUAAAAUGGAUGACCGUUACAACACUCAGAGUGUGAUCCGAAGCAACUCCCGCUCCGAAGACCCUCUCAUGGGCCCAAAGACUUCGACGAAUGCCCAGCUGAUGUCUUCCCACGCCGCCAUUAGUGCUGAGGAGAUUAAACGUCACUCGCUUCUCCUCAAAAGGCCCGAGCCACAGCAAGAAAACCACCAGGCCCACGCCCAUUCAGCCCAAAACCAGACCCAGUACAUCAGAGUCCCCAACUCUGAGCCCAACCGCGACCUUCAGAUGAUCCUGCUCCAGCAGCCACUCAUUUACUCUGGUCACAACUCAUCCAAAAUGCAGCAGAUUUCAGGGCCCAGCCAGGGCCAGGUUCAGUACCUUCAGAUGGAGGGAGAUCAUUUGACCAGUGUCAGUGGCAGCCAGAGCCAGCAGGGGGCAGUAGGACAGAACCCCAUCACAGACUCCUCUAAACAACACCUCUCUUCUCCAAAAGACCCUUACAGCCAAUCCAACAGUCAGCAGCAGGACGCCAAGCACCAUUUCGCCCUGAGCUCCAUCUGCUUCCCAGAGUCCAUGCUGAUGGCGGAUGAAAGAAACAUCCUGUCCAACGUGGAUGACAUCCUGGCUGCUACGGCCGCCGCCUGUGGAGUCACACCACAGGACUUUGUCAAGGCCACGUCUGGGACCUCCGAGGGCGACAUGUCCGAUGCCAAAGGUCAUUUUCAGCCAUUGGACACCAGACACCAGUCGCACAAUUUCUCCGUUUCGUCUUCCCAGCAGUCAAUCAUCUCCAACACUAAUUCUCAUAACACAAUGGCCCUGACACUCAAUGGCACUCACAUGACAUCGGAUGAGGAGGGGCAUCUGGGGCAACAGUACGCAAUGUCACUCUCGCACACCACUAUAGUGAACUCCACACACGAUGUAGGCGCCAGCAAGAGUUUGCUACAGACGUCAGGAGACGAGCAGAACCAAAUUUCGCUCAAAGGACAGCCUGUUCAGCAUGCUGACAGCAACCCCAACGGAGGCCACUCUGAGAAUGACUACCAUCUGUCUGGCCAGGGUUAUGACCCUCUGGGGCAACUUGGCAGAGGCCAGGCCAAGAACCAGAUACACAAAGGAAUCAAGAGAGAAGACAGCCUUGUAGAGUGUCUCUCUGACAGCUUCCCCAACCCCAAAAAGAGGGUCCGCUCCAAGGCUUCGGCCAAGCCUUCCAGUCCAGAGGGAGAGAAUGGCCAACCGAGAAAGAAGACCGUCCAGACCAAGAGGCAGGCCUCCCGGGGCAGCGACCCCACCAGCUCCCCUUCCACCUCGGAGGUGGUCUACGACAGCUAUCAGCAGCAGGAGCGGAUGAGGCAGAAGAUCCGUGAAGUGGAAGAGCAACAGCCUGAGGUGAAGACGGGCUUCAUCGGGUCCUUCCUAGACUUCCUGAAGUCGGGUCCCAAACAGCAGUUUUCCUCACCACCCAUAAGGACCCCGAGUCGCUCCCGGAAGCCCUCGGCUUCGUCCAAGCAUCCUCCGUGCCCCGUACCACUGCUGCCCCCCAAAAUACAAUCUCCGUCAGCUCCGUUAAUGAACCAGGAUAUCCGCGGGAUUGGGCUCGGAGGGAGCGGUCAGCAGCAGCAGAAGCGUCUGGAUGAGGAGUUCCAGAGGAACCUGGAAACACUGCCUUCCUUCAGUUCAGACGAGGACGAGAGCAGCACACGGAAGAACCAGGCACUCCAGAACAGCAUAAGCUCAGCCCUGUCGGCCUUGGAUGAGCCUUCCGACAGGAGACCCAAAUCAGAUAACCGGCUCUCCAGCUCUCUCCUGAAGGCAGACCAGGCUCCCAGCAUGCCUCACUCCAGCUCCAUAGCCCACGAGCAGCAGACUGCUGCACCAAUGGAGUCAUCUGCAACUGGCGCUCCAUCGCCAGCAGUUGGGUGUUUGGGGCAGGAAGUGAUGAAGCCUGCUCUCCCAGGCCUGCUGGCCUUUCAGCUGUCUAGCGUGGCCAUUGAAGGACUGACUGACGAGGAGCUGUCGGACAGCGGGGGAGAGGGCAUGUACCGAGAAAGGGACGAGUUUGUGGUGAAAAACGAGGACAUGGAAAGCCUGAAGGUGACAUUGACAGCCGGACAGGAACCCCCAGCCAUCUGGAAGGUCCAGAAGGCUCUGCUACAGAAGUUUGUCCCUGAGCUGAGGGACAGCAAGAGGGUGUUCUCGGCCACUAACAGUUAUCUGGGCUACUUUGGAGAUGCUAAGACUAUGUAUAGGAGGGUGUAUGUCAAGUUCCUGGACACUGUCAACAAGAGGGAGUAUGUCCGGGUCUGCAACCGCAAACCACGCUGCAAGCCCAUGCACUCUUUAAGAGGCUCCCAGGCUAAGACUCUACUUGGCCUGAAGACCUCGCCUCCCUGUGACCCUCUAACCACACCCACAUCACUAAAACUCCAGUGCAAGCCCCGCCCAAAACAGCCUAAGAUCAAGGCAGAGCCCCCGCCCAAAAAGAGGAGGAAGUGGAAGGAGGAGUACUCUCCAUCUCCCUCAGACUCCUCAUCUGAGGAGGUUGGUGAGAAUGAAGAAUUCCCUCCUGUAGUGCCAUUUGCCUCUCGGUUCCUGAACACCAGGACCAUGAAGGAGACAUUCAAGAGUUUUGUAGAGCUACUCAUAAGUGUUGCCUUGGACGCAGAUGUGAUGAGCACUCUGGAGAGGGAGACUGAUGAGCUGCUCCUGCCCCACAUGAGGAGAGUGGACGAGAUGAUCUCGGACAACAGGAGACGCCUGCUGCCCAGGCUACGAGUGGGACAACUCUUCAAGACGGCUCUGGACAGCUUCCCGGAAAUCUCUGUGGUAACUGAGCUGAAGAAAGAUGGGGAGACCCCUGCCUUUAAAGUGCGUCUCAGUGGGAAGGCCUACAACAGGAAGAACAUGAAGCCUUCCAAGUCCCCCAGCCAGCUGCCCCUGGAGUACACCGUGGACCAACAGAAAACCCAGUGGUUCUCUCUCUACCACUCCCUACAGCAUUACAAGUACCACACAUACCUUAUGUGUAAGGACGAGAUUGCGUCAUUGCGGUUGCAGACGGGGGACAUGGGGCAGGAGGAGACCGUGCAGCUCUGCAUGAGGAAUGGAGCCUGGGUGGAGGGCCUCUUCGACCGCUUCGGGGAACUCCUCAACCAGGUGCAGCAGGCCUGCCUAUAGCACGGACCAAGAGGGAGAGAGAGGCCUGCCUAUUGCACAGAACCAGAGGGAGAGAGUGGCCAUUCUAUAGCAUGAAACCAGAGGGAGACAGAGACCAGUCUAUAGCACGGAACCAGAGGGAGAGAGAGGCCUGCCUAUAGCACGGAACCAGAGGGAGAGAGUGGCCAGUCUAUAGCAUGAAUCCAGAGGGAGACAGAGAUUAGUCUAUAGCACAGAACCAGAGGGAGAGAGAGGCCAGUCUAUAGCACGGAACCAGAGGGAGAGAGAGGCCAGUCUAUAGUAUGAAUCCAGAGGGAGUCAGAGACCAGUCUAUAGCACGGAACCAGAGGGAGAGAGAGGCCAGUCUAUAGCACGGAACCAGAGGGAGAGAGAGACCAGUCUAUAGCACGGAACCAGAGGGAGAGAGAGGCCAGUCUAUAG